CAAUGCAACAAUGGUUAUCCUGCACGUUUUCUGCAUCUAGUUUUGCACAAAUACUCAAUGCAUGGGUUAGCCCUCAUUUUUUAAGAAAAGUUGAACAAUGGGAAAUUAUCUUAAUGAUUGAAGCUGAGAUAUCAGCCUCUAUCUCUUCAGGCGCAUCAGGAAACUUGGAUAGUGCUCAAAAGAGGGGCUCCACUAUUCUCAAUUUGAAGUGUGUUGAUGUUCAGUAGACAGGGUUGAUGGGGAAAACACUGCUUGAGUUUCAAUCCACCAAAGGAGAUGUCCUUCCUGCUCACAAGUUUGGCACCCAUGAUGUAGUUGUAUUAAAACUGAACAAAGCUGAUUCAGGAUCUCCUGCACUUGGGCAAGGUGUAGUUUUCCGGCUAAAGGAUUCCUCAAUUACUGUUGCUUUUGAUGACAUCCCAGAAGAAGGUUUGAGUAGUCCCUUACGUCUAGAAAAAUUGGCCAAUGAGGUAUGCAACUAAGAUUCUUCAAUCAAUUCUUUGCUUUACACUGGCUUUACUCGUGUGUAAUAUAGACAAGAAUUCCCUUGCCUUGUUUGUGUUUAAGUGAACUUGAAUUCUGCUUAUUGUAUCACAGAAUGACUUUUCAGUUCUUUAUUCUAUCUGAAAAUUUUUAAGUGUUAACCUUGGGAAUCAUAUAGAAGUCAAACUUUAAUUCAUGCUGUCCCAUCUUUAAAAGCCUGAAGCAGAUCAGAGUCAUAGAACUAGUAUAGAAGGCUCAGCACCAUACUUUCUUAGAGAUUAAGCUUAUAAGAAAAAUAAUUCAAAUUAAUUUCUGUGCAGGUGACAUAUCGUAGGAUGAAGGAUGCCUUAAUACAAUUGAGUAAAGGUGUACUGAAGGGGCCUGCUGCAGAUCUAGUUCCUGUCUUGUUUGGAGAGAGACCACCAACAUUUUCAAAGAAGGAUGUUACAUUCACCCCUUUUAACUCUAACCUUGAUCACUCUCAGAAAGAUGCCAUUUCGAAAGCCCUGUCAUCAAAGGAUGUAUUUUUGCUGCAUGGUCCUCCUGGUACUGGGAAAACUACUACAGUAGUGGAAAUUAUCUUACAAGAAGUGAAGCGUGGCUCAAAGAUUCUUUCUUGUGCUGCUUCAAAUAUUGCUGUUGACAACAUUGUUGAGCGACUUGUUCCCCACAGGUAAAGUGGACGGUGAUAUACAGGAGGAUGAUACCUGCAUUCAACUCUUAGCAAUAACUUAUUAAAGAAAUGUUUUUAUA